UCUAAUAUUAUAUACACUAGACAUUUAAAGAUGUAAUGUUAACAAACAUUACAUGGAUAUCUCAACCAAAACAGUUGCUUCAAAGCUUUGUUCAGCCCUUUGGACUUGUUUACCUAAUGUCCAUUGAAACUUCAAUGCCAUGCCAGCUCCAUCAACCUACCCUUAUGCCAAUUCAGCCCCCCUAUAAAAUCAACAUUCCAUUGCAACACCAAAAACACUACUCAUAAGUCAUACCUCAUUAUUAACUCCUCAAGGAGCACCAACUUUCAUCAGAUGAAAAUGGCAACAAGUUAUAGAUGGUUACAAGGAUGCCACUCUCUCUUCACUUUCCUCCUCAUUUUCCUUUCUUGCCACACUAACGCUGCAUUGAAGAAGUACGACUUCAAUGUACAAGUGAAGAAUGUGAGCAGGCUGUGCCAUUCCAAACCAAUCGUUAUGGUGAAUGGAAUGUUCCCAGGACCUACUGUUUUUGUUAGAGAAGGAGAUCAACUCCUUGUAAAAGUCUCCAACUUUGCACAAUACAACAUAUCCAUUCAUUGGCAUGGUUUGAAACAAUUUCGCAAUGGCUGGUCAGACGGACCUGCAUACAUAACACAAUGUCCGAUUCAGACUGGCCAAAGCUACACUUACAAUAUUACUGUCAUGGGACAACGAGGAACACUAUGGUGGCAUGCACAUAUCUCAUGGCUAAGAGCAACAGUCUAUGGCACCAUUGUUAUCAUGCCAAAGGAAGGAACUCCAUAUCCAUUCCCUCAGCCUUAUCAGGAAACUAACAUAAUCUUAGGAGAAUGGUGGAAUCAUGAUGUUGAAACAAUGAUUAACCAAGCUAAUCAGUUGGGCCAGGCACCACAACUCUCUGAUGCUCAUACAAUCAAUGGGAAACCAGGACCACUUUUUCCAUGCUCUGAGAAAUAUACAUUUGCCAUGGAGGUUGAGUCGAGUAAAACGUACCUCUUGAGGAUCAUCAAUGCUGCAAUUGAUGAUGAUCUCUUCUUCGCCAUAGCUGGCCAUAACAUGACAGUUGUGGAGAUCGAUGCAGUUUACACCAAGCCCUUCACAACCGAAGCUAUUCUGAUUGCGCCUGGCCAGACCACAAAUGUUCUUGUUAAAGCUGACCAGCCUCCAAGCCGGUACUUCAUGGCCACCAGGCCUUUCAUGGAUGCUCCAGUUCCUGUGGACAACAAGACAGCCACGGCUAUUUUACAAUACAAAAGCAUUCCUAACACAGUUCUGCCAAGCUUACCGCUAUUACCAGCUCCAAACGACACCAAAUUUUUCUUCAACUAUAAUAGCAAACUCAAAAGCCUCAACACUCCACAAUUUCCAGCAAAAGUUCCUCUUAAGGUUGAUCGCCAUCUUUUUUACACCAUCGGAUUAGGAAUUAACCCAUGCCCAACUUGCCAAAAUGGAACAAAAAUAGAAGCUUCGUUGAACAACAUAACUUUUGUAAUGCCCAAGGUUGGGCUUUUACAGGCUCAUUAUUUUAACAUCCCGGGAAUUUUUACAACCGAUUUUCCAGACCAGCCUCAAGCUCCAUUCAAUUAUACCGGUGCACCGCUUACUACUAACCUAGCAACUACCUCGGGGACCAGGCUCAGUAAGCUGGCUUUCAAUUCAACGGUUGAAUUGGUCUUACAAGACACUAAUCUUAUCUCAGUCGAAUCACACCCUUUUCAUCUUCAUGGGUUCAACUUUUUUGUUGUCGGGACUGGGAUAGGGAACUUUGAUCCCAAGAACAACCCAGCUAAAUACAACUUGGUUGAUCCUCCUGAGAGGAAUACAGUUGGUGUUCCUACUGGCGGUUGGACUGCUAUCAGGUUCAGAGCUGAUAAUCCGGGUGUAUGGUUCAUGCAUUGUCAUUUGGAAGUUCAUACUAUGUGGGGAUUAAAGAUGGCUUUUGUGGUUGAGAAUGGGAAGACAGCAGAAGAAUCUGUUCUACCACCUCCACAAGACCUUCCACUGUGCUAGAUGAUGUGAGUCAGGGGGGAAGGAAAAAAAAAUAAAAAAUCUUAACCUUUCUCAUUGAAGCUGAAAGCUUCCCCUCUUUCCCCUCUUUUACCUAUUUAUUAAAUUUUCCGGUAAAGGUUGCAGCUGACUGUUUGGGAUGAGGUUUCCAUAAUUGUAACAGGAAGAUAUUGUUUUGGGGUCUGUGUUAGACCUUCAUUUAUGAAAUAAAACACCCUCAAGUAAUAUUUUAUUUUAUGAAAA